CCCUUCCCUCCGCGCGGGGCCGGGCCGGGAGCGCCGCGGGCCAUGGCCGGGCUGCGGGCGCUGCUGCUGCUGGGCUGCGCGCUGACCGCCGCCCGCGCCUUCAACCUGGACGCCGAGCGGCCGGCCGUGUACUCGGGCGCCGAGGGCAGCUACUUCGGCUUCGCCGUGGACUUCUUCGCUCCCGACCCCUCCUCGAUAUUUCUUCUGGUGGGAGCUCCAAAAGCAAACACCUCCCAGCACAAUGUGGUAGAAGGGGGCCAGGUGCUGCGAUGUAACUGGAACUCCAACAGGAACUGCCAGCCCAUCAUCUUUGACUCCACAGGCAACAGAGAUUUUGCUCCUGAUGAUCCACUGGAAUUUAAGUCUCAUCAGUGGUUCGGAGCAUCUGUGAGAUCCAAAAAUGAUAAAAUUCUGGCUUGUGCCCCAUUGUAUCACUGGAGAACUGAAACAAAACAAGAGCGAGAGCCUGUGGGAACUUGUUACCUGCUUGCUGGAUCUAAAUCUGUGGAAUAUGCACCCUGCAGGUCAACCACUAUUGAUGCAGAUGGGCAAGGAUUUUGUCAGGGUGGAUUUAGUAUCGACUUUACAAAGGGAGACAGAGUCCUGCUUGGAGGACCUGGCAGUUUUUACUGGCAAGGCCAGCUCAUUUCUGAUCGAGUGACAGAGAUUGUGGCUAAAUAUGACUCCAAAGUCUACAGUACAAAAUAUGACGACCAGUUAGCAACCAGACCUGCUAGUGCUGCUUUUGAUGACAGCUACUUGGGAUAUUCUGUGGCUGUUGGAGACUUCAGUGGUGAUGGCAUAGAAGACUUUGUAUCAGGAGUCCCAAGAGCAGCCAGAACUCUAGGCAUGGUGUCCAUCUACAACGGGAAAAACAUGUCUUCCAUGUACAACUUCACUGGAGAGCAGAUGGCUGCCUAUUUUGGCUAUUCAGUGGCUGCCACAGAUAUCAAUGGGGACGAUUACACAGAUUUAUUUAUUGGAGCCCCACUUUUUAUGGAUCGAGGUUCUGAUGGGAAACUUCAAGAGGUCGGCCAAGUUUCCAUUUGUCUUCAAAGAGCCUCUGGAGGGUUUCAGAUCGCAAAGCUGAAUGGUUUUGAGAUAUUUGCAAGAUUCGGCAGUGCUAUUGCACCCCUGGGUGAUCUAGACCAGGAUGGAUUUAAUGAUAUUGCAGUAGCUGCACCAUACGGUGGAGAGGACAAGAGAGGACUUGUCUACAUCUACAAUGGAAGAGCAACUGGUUUGAAUGCAGUCCCAUCUCAAAUUCUUGAGGGGCAAUGGGCUGCUCGUACUAUGCCACCCAGCUUUGGGUACUCGCUGAAAGGAGCCACAGACGUGGACAAAAAUGGAUAUCCAGACUUGAUUGUUGGAGCUUUUGGUGUUGACACAGCUGUUUUGUAUAGGGCCAGACCAGUUAUCAGAGUGAAUGCUGCCCUGGAAGUUAAUCCAACCAUUCUAAACCCGGAAAACAAAGCCUGUUCACUGUCCGAUGUAAAAGUUUCAUGCUUCAAAGUAAAAUUCUGCUUGAAAGCAGAUGGCAAAGGAAAGCUCCCUAAUUCACUCAAUUUCCAAGUGGAGCUGCUGUUGGAUAAACUGAAGCAAAAAGGAGCUAUUAGGAGAGCUCUCUUUCUCCACAGCAAACAGCCUAGCCACUCCAAGAACAUGACUAUUACAAAGGGAGGCAAAAUGAAUUGUGAAGAACUUGAUGCUUUUCUGAGGGAUGAAUCUGAAUUUAGAGACAAAUUAACUCCCAUUACAAUUUUUAUGGAAUAUCGUCUUGAUUACAAAACAGCUGCAGAUGCAACAGGAUUGCAUCCUAUCCUCAACCAAUUCACUCCUGCUAAUAUGAGCAGACAGGCACACAUACUGCUGGAUUGUGGUGAGGAUAAUAUCUGCAAACCAAAGCUGGAGGUUUCAGUAAGAAGUGAUCAGAAGAAGAUCUACAUUGGUGAUGACAAUCCCUUAACGCUGACAGUCACUGCAGAGAAUCAAGGGGAAGGAGCCUAUGAAGCAGAACUCUUUGUCAUUGUUCCACCUCAAGCAGAUUUCAUUGGUGUUGUUCGAAAUAAUGAGGCUUUAGCAAGACUGUCAUGUGCAUUUAAAACUGAGAAUCAAACUCGCAUGGUGGUUUGUGACCUGGGAAAUCCCAUGAAAGCAGGAACUAAGCUAUUAGCUGGCCUGCGUUUCAGUGUGCACCAGCAAUCUGAAAUGGAUACCUCUGUCAAGUUUGACUUGCAAAUACGAAGUUCCAAUCUGUUUGACAAUCUAAGUCCUGUAGCAUUCUAUCAGGUUGAUCUUGCCAUUUCAGCAGCUGUUGAAAUUAGAGGCGUGUCAUCUCCUGAUCACAUAUUCCUUCCUAUUGCAAAUUGGCAGCCCAAGGAGAAUCCAGAAACGGAAGAUGAUAUAGGGCCUCUAGUUCAGCAUAUCUAUGAGCUGAGAAACAAUGGCCCAAGUGCUUUCAGCAAGGUGAUGAUGACUCUGCAGUGGCCUUACAAAUACAAAAACUAUACACUGUUGUAUAUUGUUCAGUAUGACAUUGACGGUCCCAUGAACUGCACUUCUGAUAUGGAGAUCAAUCCAUUGAAAAUUAAGAUUUCUGCUUCUAAAGAGGAUGAAAAGAAUGAAACGUUUAGCAGGGAAGAUAAUCGCAAUCAUCGUAUCAGUCGGAGAGAUUUAACUGCCAUUGAAGGAGAUGUGCAAACCUUGGGCUGUGGAAAUGCUGAUUGUUUAAAGAUAGUCUGCCAAGUUGGCCACCUGGAGAGGGGAAAGAGUGCAAUACUGUAUUUAAAAUCACGACUUUGGACCCAAACUUUCAUGAAUAAAGAAAAUCAGAAUCACUCCUAUUCCCUUAAAUCAUCUGCUUCGUUCAAUGUUAUAGAGUUCCCUUAUAAGAACCUUUCUUUUGAAGAUAUUCACAAUUCUACAGUGGUUACUACAAAUAUUACAUGGGGCAUUCAACCACAGCCUAUGCCUGUGCCAGUGUGGGUUAUAAUUUUAGCUGUCCUAGCAGGAUUAUUGCUCUUGGCUGUUCUAGUGCUCGUUAUGUACAGGAUGGGCUUUUUCAAACGUGUGAGACCGCCUCAAGAAGAACAAGAAAGAGAACAGCUGCAACCACAUGAGAAUGGGGAAGGAACAUCAGAAGCUUAAGCAGAGUUUUAUCUGUAAGACAUUCUAAAACCUUAAAAUGCCUACAUCUUAGUUACAAAUACAGGUUUUCCCCCUAAGGAAAAAAACACUCAUGACUGCAAGGAUGAUGGUGUCAGAAGAUAUCAGCACAUACGUAAUAAGAGCAAUAUAUUUAAAUCCUCCUUUUUGUAUUAAUCAUGUCCAUACAUGUGAUUAACACGUCUGCACUGAUUUGCGUGUGAAAACUGUUAAGUAAAAUAUAGUGCUAUAAGUUCUGCUUAUUGGGAUGCAGGAGACAUGUUUUUAACAGACCGACUUUAUAUGAACGACUACACAGACUCCUUUUAUUAGGCUGAAGUUAACAGCUUCCAUAGAUACUUGAAAGAUUACAUGUUGUUUCAAUAGCUACUUGUUUUUGUACACUACAGUUUCUUUCCCAGCUCUUGAAAGCUAGUUGCACAAAAAUGACCACGGCUUGUUUUACAAAAUUUAACAAUAUUCCUUGAUUCAUUAACUCUGCUGGGGAUUUUCCUCUUGCUCAAAAGAUACGAGAAAGAUUAUUCAGUGGAAUCCCAGAUGUGAUGCCUGUUGUGCACUCUCAUCUGCUCUCCUGUCUAGUCAUUUGUCUUGAGCUUUCCCUCUAGAUGCUACAGAUACUGUUCUCCAGGCCCGAAGCCCCUUACGAAAGGGGUUGAGCCUACACCAUGGGAGGGGGUAGAGGGCUGGAGAUGAUGUACUUUCUAUAUGGGACCUAACAAAAGUAUUCAGGGCAAGAUCCAAAGACUGUGCUAUGUAUUUCUAUGCAGCAAGAUCCACAUGUCCCACACUGUCUUGGCAGCAUGGUGCCUUUUAGGAAUGACCAGGAACAAGAUUUUGGACCAUGGCUGCCCACAGACACAUCUGAUGAGAAAACCUUUCUCCAAAGAUGAAACCUCCACAGGGUUUGGAGUCUGAGCCUGUAUAUUACUUGGGCUGGAUUACAGUUUCUGGCAAAGCAAUGGAGGUUGCUUACCUGAGUGACAGUUCACAUGAUGCGCCCUGGAGAAGAUGUUAAUAAUUCUCACAUUCCAUAGUUGACUGCAUCCAAGUGUGGGAUAAUAGUGAAAACAGGGAUGAUUUAAACUACGCUAUGUGCCAGCCAAAUGUAUCUAGAUUACAUCAGUACAUUAGCCUCACUUUCACCUUUCACCUACCCUAAGAGAGUAGUGAGAUUGCCAAAUGAAGCAGAGUAUAGCAGGCAAAGUUAAAGUGUUUUAAAAGAGAAGGUUGAGUUGGCUUGUUCCAAUUAAUUCAUUCAUUGUACAUUUGAUUGCACAAAAGAUAUUUAAUUAUGUUCAAUACAUUUUAUUGCCAGAAGAGAGACUAUUUCAUAUCACUGCUUGUUUAUACACAUACAAUAAUGUGAGUGGGUUAAAGCCACUGGUUUUUGUUAUUCUUAGCUUAAUUCUCUCAUUAUUGGUCCGGUAAAGUGAAGCCUCAUGUACUUACAAGAGCACGUAAAAAGCCUGUAUGCAUUUCAGUAAGUAAGUGCAAAUCAAGCAGGUAUUUGGCUCGCAUAUGUAGCUGUGUUUGCAAAAAUCUUAGGGUGAACAUACUUAUACAAGGCAUCUUUGUACCAGUUUGAGAUUUGUUUAUUCUCUAUUCUGAAAGAGAAUUCAGCCAAAUACAGAAAGAAACAUUCCUUCUCUAAUUAUACUGAUGUGAUUUCAGUGUUUAAAAAAAACAAAAAAAACCAAAACUGUUAGAGGGACAAAAACUCAUUUUGUAAUUUGUGGUUUUCAUUUACAUCUGCAUCUCUACCAUAAAUGCUGCCAUGCCCAGUGAACCCAGAAUUACCUGAAAUGAACUAUUCCAUUCGACUCUCAUUUUUGCCUCCUUUCUGAGGUAUAAAAUCCACAAAUAGCUUUCAUUGUUAAGUCCAUUUUUACUCACUAGACCAUGAAGGCAUUUCAGUUAAGGGAGGCAGCAAAAAGGCUGUGAGGGCCAGUUGGUAUAUCACAUCUUGACUUAUAUGUUAUCCAUGUACAUGUUUAUGUUUUAAACAAGUUGCUUAGAUCUAAUUAGUUUAUUUGAGAGAAUAUAGGGCAAAAUUCUGUUUUUACUGAAUUUUUCAGGUCUUUAUUGUGACCAAGGUCAUCCUUUUGCAUUUACUUCUAGUAAUGUUACUAGUAAUAUAGUAAGGAAUUGGGAGUCAGGCUUUGAUCCUGGCCUCAAAAUGUGACUUCCAUAAAACACAACUAUAGUUACUUACACAGGCUUCUAUUUCUCACACCUCGUCAAUUAAUUAUCUGUGUGCAAGAAGAUUGUUUUUCCCAGUCUUAAACUUAGUAGGUUAAGAGGUUUAAGGGACUGCCAGACAGAUCAAUAGCUCUAAUUCUUGCGUGUUUCUUCCUUACGUGUACAUAUCAGGUUGACUUGAAAUUAUUUAGAUACUUGCAUGUCUAGGCACUAUAAGGAGAUAAAAAAAAAACAAACAAAAACAACACAACAAAACAUGGUCAAGAUCCUUUUCAGCUCACGUGGAAAGGUUUUUGUAGUCCUGUUAAUGUCAAUGCUAACUAUGUCUUAAUUUUACUGUGGCAACUGGAAAAUCAUUUUGCUGUUCUUCAAGAUAAAGAAAAAUUCUUGCUGCUUCAAGAUAAAGAGGUACAUUUUGUUGGUACAUGUACUGUAGCUAUGGAAAGUUUCUUCCAUUUACUUAAGUUACAUAAAAGAUUUAUUUAAGUGAUUUUCUUAUUUUCUGACGUUCCAUUUGAGAAUAAAUGCAAAUAGUUACUUCUCCCACAUCCAUUAAUUUCCAAUAUGAUAAAUAUGGUUAAAGAAAGAAAGGUAGCAUACGUAAGAGGAGCAGACAGGCAACGUCAAUAGAUAAAACAUCCCAAAUUCACUUUCAAGUGACAUUAUUCUUUCAGGAGGGUUCUGAACAGACCACUUUUCUGAAGGGAUGUACAGGCAGUCUUUGACUUUGCAUUUUAAAUUUGGUAGUAUAGUUAAAGAAAAUACAUAAGCACUUGUGUCACUAUACAUUUUAUAGUGGCGUACAGGCAUUAAUGUAUUCUUAUAGCACAUAUUUUAGAGAGAUGUUAAAACUUUAAAUAAACUUUAAAAAUGUAUUUUGGAAUGAAAUGAACGUCCUUGAGUCAAAACUAAUGCAAAUAAGAUGCAUACUGCAUUAAAAAAAGCCAACAAAAAUACAGUAUCAGAUAAUUGUUUUAGUCUUCUUUUGAGAGAGUUACAUUUCAGAAGUAUGAAUUUUAUGUAUAUAAUAUCAGCAAUUAAAUAACUCUUUAGCCAAUGGAAACAUUAUCAAGUGCUAUAUCUUCUAUAAUGAAAUAUUAAAUUCUUUAAUUGCUCCAGUUUACAAUUAUUGCAGCAUCUCAUGAUGCAUAAUAGAAGGUGAUUUACAUUUAAAAAUGCAUAUUGUUUGGUAUAAUACCUGACAAUAUUUAGAAAAUGUAAAGAGGAGAAUGUAACUGAAAGGUUAUUUCUUCCAAGAAACACUACCAAAUUGAGAUAGCUUUUGUUUAAGUAUGACUGCAAAGUCAGACACUUAUUAACAUAAAUUGAAAUAUUUGAGAGAUGUUGACAAGGGUUACUACCAAGUUUAUCAUUUUACUUGUCCCACUGUUCUAAAUUCUGAUUGACAUAUGGAUCUUAGAUUCAUAUAAUGCUUAUGAAACUCUUAAGAAAGUUUAUUAAACAUGUACUUUCUUAAAAA